AUCAAACAAGAUCACACAUGACUAUAUUUAGACUUACACAUCGAGAGAAUUUGAUGAGUCAAAGUAUUUAGAUAAACAAUUUCAAAAGUCAAAAGUGAACGAAUAUAGCAGGACGGAGAUACUAAUUUUUAAUUCUAGCGGGCUUAAAAAACCAACGGGGCAUUAAAAUUUUAAAACAAAUUAAACUGAAUGCCGAAAAGUGUUUGGCCCGGCUCCAUCUUUGGCGCGUUAUUUCCCAACCCUCCGAAAAUCUGAAAAAAGUAAAAUUGUCCUCCUAAUAAAAAUUUCAGCGCCCAGAACCAAAAUCAAAACAUCAGGAAAACACAUUUCAACAAAACUUCGAAAAAUCAAACAAUCGAACCCAUCCCUCCAAAGUCCAAAACCAUAAUUUUUUUUUCAGAAACCCAAAAUCCUUUCGCCAAAUGUCCAGCCAUGGAGCUUGUUCUAGCAGCCAUUGUCGACGAGCACGAAAACAAGGAGAACUUCCCGCCAAGAUCUGCAGAAAAGUUCGUCCCCAGGCAGUCAAAAGACAUAGUCUUCAAGAAGAAGAAGAAGAAUGCGAGGAAGCCAUUGAGGGACAUAACUCACCUGUUCGUCAAUGCUCCGACUGCGGGGCCCAUCUCCGAUUCCCAGUUUAAUUUUCGUCUUCUUCUUCCUCAUCCAGACGCAUCUUCGAAUGCCCGCUCGAAGAGAAAUGCAAGCCAUGAAGAUGAGAUUCGGAUUCAUCAUUCUCUGCGCCAGAAUCCCGCCAUGGUUUUGAGGAAGCAUUUCCGGUAGAUUAUAGCAUCAAGUUUUGUGUCCCCCGAGUCUUCCGAUUUCACAAUUUGUAGAUUUCCAGACUCAAAAUUUCAGUAGUAAUCAAAAUUGGGACGAAAU